AUGCACCUAGACGCAGCCACUAGUCUCUCUCUGAUGCCCCCUUCCACCCUGUGGGAGAACGCCUCCUUCCACCUGGGUGACGAUGCCCACCUGCUCCUGAAUGACUCCUCCGGGCAGAACUGGACACUGGCGGGCGGCGGCGACGACUUCCGCGGCGGCUUCGUCCCCAGCGUGGCCGGCGUGCUGAUCCCACUCAUCUACGUGGCGGUGUGCGUGGUGGGCCUGGGCGGCAACACGCUGGUCAUCCACAUCGUGCUGCACUACCUGCGCACCGAGUCGGUCACCAACAUCUACAUCCUGAACCUGGCCAUCGCCGACGAGCUCUUCAUGCUGGGCCUGCCCUUCCUGGCCGUGCAGAACGCGCUGCUCUCCUGGCCGUUCGGCUCGCUCAUGUGCCGCCUGGUCAUGACGGUGGACGCCAUCAACCAGUUCACCAGCAUCUUCUGCCUGACCGUCAUGAGCAUCGACCGCUACCUGGCCGUGGUGCACCCCCUCCGCUCGGCCCGGUGGCGGCAGCCCCGCGUGGCCAAGGCCGUCAACGCCACCGUGUGGGCGGUGUCCAUGGUGACGGUGCUGCCGGUGGUGGUGUUCGCCGACGUGCUGCGCGACGACGGCAACUGCAGCAUAGUGUGGCCCGAGCCGGCCGAGGUGUGGAAGGCCUCGUUCAUCAUCUACACCUCAACGUUGGGAUUCUUCGGCCCGCUGCUGGUCAUCUGCAUGUGCUACCUGCUGAUCGUGGUCAAGGUGCGGAAGGCAGGGCGCAAGGCCCGGGCGGUCUCGGUGCGGCGCCGCAAGUCGGAGCGCAAGAUCACGCGCAUGGUGGUGGUGGUGGUGGCCGUGUUCGUGCUGUGCUGGCUGCCCUUCUACAUCCUCAACAUCGUCAACCUGCUGGUGCUGCUGCCCGGCGAGUUCCGGGGCCUCUACUACUUCGUGGUGGUGCUCUCCUACGCCAACAGCUGCGCCAACCCCAUCCUCUACGGGUUCCUGUCCGACAACUUCAAGCGCGGCUUCCGCAAGGCCCUCUGCCGCUCCUCCAGGAGGGUGGAGAAUCUGAGAGGGGCUCGAGGUGGAGGAGGUGGGCAGAUGGGCGAGCAGCAGAAGCACCCAGGGGGGAAGGCCAGAGGGGACGGGCAUCUGCCCGCCGAGCAGGGGGCCACGAGAGAGCAGGACAUCCAGGGCAGCCUAAGAGCCAUUGUGAACCCAGAAGAGAAAAAGGAGGAUGAGGAAGAGGAGGAGGAGGAAGAGGAGGAGGAAGAGGAAGAGGAGGAGGAAGAAGGGGAGGGAGAGCAAGAAGGGGUGACACAGGAGAAAGACACAGUCCAGAUGGUGGACAUCUGCAAGAUCACACAGAACGGGAACAGAAACGGGGUGGGGGAGGGAUCCAGGGGCCCCCUCCAACAGAAUGGGAAGCUGGAGGUGGGGUUCGGUCAAGGGACUAGUAACGGGGGGAGCCCAGGCCCCGGGUCCACAGUGGUCAUUCCCCUGGUGGUCAACGGAGCCCGAAGCGGCAACGUCAGACCUCUCACUGAUGUCUCUGUGGAGCACAGCUCUGUGCUAGAGAUCAGUUACCUGUAGCGUGUACCUGACUUACCUGGGAAAUACGCCCAGGUGUUCGUUAGCCAGGUGCAUAGGCUGUGAAAGUCAGCUGGAGUUAUGCAAAUCCUCAGGUCCAUUUUAACAUUGAUUAUUUGAAGAAAAAGCGCAAAGAAUAGGUCUAUUUAAAAAUGACUUUAGAACCUUUGACCAAUAAUAUAACUUUCUCCUAUUGAACCAAUGCAUUUGUAUGUUAAAACUGUUGAAAUCUAGACAAACGUUGGCCCAUUUCUAGCAGAGUUUAAAUUUGCAUUUGAACCAAGAGGUACAGUGGCAUGCGAAGGUUUGGGCACCCACCAUCAAAACUUCUGUUACUGUGAAUAGCUAAUAGAGUAAAGGAUGACUUGAUUUAGAAAAAGGCAUGAAGUUAAAUAUGAUUUCUUUAAUAUUUUAAGCAUGAUUACUUUUACAUUUUAAAAAAUACCAAAAAAAGAAAAA